AUGCAACGGGCUGUAUUCAAACGUCUACCGAUAACACACUGCGCCCUGUCACUGCUACCGUUUGAUGAUCCCGUCUGCUCGCAGGAUGAUGGUAUCAUAUUCGAUUUAGCCCAUAUUAUUCCGUACUUAAAGAAGCACGGCGUAAAUCCAGUAACUGGUAAGAAAAUGACGGCAAAAGAAUUAAUCCAUCUGAAAUUCGACAAAAGCAGCGACGGCAGCUUCCGGUGCCCGGUUACCUUCCGCAUUUUCACACCUACAAGUCAUAUUGUGGCUAUUCGUCAGACCGGUAACGUUUAUUCGUAUGAAGCCGUUGAGGAGUUGAAUUUAAAGCGCGGGCAUCUGAAGGAUCUCCUCAAUGAUGAACCUUUCCAAAGGAAAGAUAUCAUCGUUUUGCAGGAUCCAACUCAUUUGGAAAAAUUCAACAUCGAACAAUUCCAUCAUAUAAAACUAGAUCUGAAAACAAAAGCCGAAAUUGAAGCUGAAAAUAAGGCUCUGAGCGAUCCAAGGUUUAACAUCCGUCGAAUGAAUAACGAAACUAAGGAGGUCUUGGAGAAACUCGCAAAAGAAUAUGUUCCACCGAGAUCCGAAGAACUGGUGGAGGAAGCGGCGGAUGAGCUCAAUGCAGCACAUUACAGUCAAGGUCGCGUAGCCGCUGGAUUAACAUCCACAACAAUGGAGCCAAUUACUAAGCAAAAAGCAGCAGUCCUUGAUGCUGAUACUGUCAAGUACUCAAGAGUGAAAAAGAAUGGUUAUGUGAGAUUGGUCACCAAUUAUGGAUCAUUAAAUAUUGAGCUGUAUUGCAAAGAGACACCAAGGGCUUGUGAAAAUUUCAUCAGACAUUGCAGUAGUGGCUAUUACAAUAAUAGCAAGUUUCAUCGAAUCAUCCGAAAUUUCAUGAUGCAAGGAGGCGAUCCAACUGGAACGGGAAAGGGCGGUGAUUCGAUCUGGGGGAGACCGUUCAAAGAUGAGAUUGUGCGUUCACUUAGCCAUGAUCAGCGUGGCGUUUUGAGCAUGGCAAAUCAGGGAAAUGACACGAAUAAAUCACAGUUCUCGUUCUCGAAUGUAUGUAUACUCUUGCGGAAAGCAUGCUUUCUUUUUAGCUUCAUCACAUUCCGCUCGUGCAAAUAUCUCGAUGGAAAGCAUACAGUAUUUGGACGGGUUGUUGGUGGCACUGAUACUCUACAGGCUAUUGAAAAAGUUGAAACUGAUGAGACCAGUCGUCCUCUGGUGUGUUUUUCUAGCUUUUUACAUAGAAACCUUCAGCUCUGUUCCGUAAGAAGCUCAGUACUUUUGUUUUUUAUGCGUUUCUUGCAGUUAUGCAAUGCAGAAAACGCAUAUUGA